GACCACAAUAGUCCGAGUCCUCCUAUUCAGUCCUCUUGGGACGACACCCCUUUCCUAUAAAUCCGACGCCGCCGCCGCCGUCAGGGGUACGACCGUCCCGCUCCGACAAAAAUGGCAGAGUCUUCUCCGGUCCCCAGAGUAGGUGUGGUGGUGUUUCUUCUCAAAGACAAAACCGUGCUCCUAGGACGACGUCGUUCCUCCAUCGGCGCCUCCACUUUCGCUCUCCCCGGUGGCCAUCUAGAGUUCGGCGAGAGCUUUGAGGAGUGUGCGGCGAGAGAACUGAAGGAAGAGACUGGUGUGGAAGUAGACAAGCUCGAGUUUGUGACGGUGACGAACAACUUGUUCUUGGACGAACCCAAACCGGCGCAUUACGUGACCAUCUUCAUGCGCGCGGGUAUGAAAGAUCCCGAUCAAGUUCCCCAGACUGUUGAGCCGGACAAGUGUGAGGGCUGGGGUUGGUACGAGUGGGACGACCUCCCCAAACCACUGUUUUGGCCUUUGGAGAAGAUGGUGCAGAGUGGGUUUAGUCCUUUUCCUGAUUCCAAUUCAGGGCAGUAGAGAACUGUGAUACUAUGUUUUACAUGCUUGCUUCUGCAUGAGUUGUAAGGGUUGUGUUUCAAUAUGAUUGCAGAUUUUGUGGACCUUGUGA